AGAUGAAUGAUGAUAUCUAUCUCGAUCGAAUGAACUGCUAAGAAGAAAGACGAUCCAAAACGGUGAAAUAAGUAAUGGGAGUUGGAGGUAAUUUCUGGGAUUUGCUCAAACCCUACGCCAGGAACGAAGGUUUCGAUUUCAUAAGAGACAAACGGGUUGCUGUUGAUCUCUCUUUCUGGGUUGUACAAAACGAAACCGCCAUUGGAGCUAACGCCCGAAAUCCCCAUCUCAGACUCAUCUUCUUCCGCACUGUAAACCUCUUCGCCAAGUUUGGGGCGUACCCAGUUUUUAUCGUUGACGGUACACCGUCAUUGCUCAAGUCUCAGGCGAGAAUUCAGCGAUACUAUCGAUCAUCUGGGAUUGAUGUUUCGGCUAUUUCGUUACCGGAAGAUGCUUCUCCGGUGGAGAGGAAUAGGAACUUUUCUAAAUGCAUUGCUGAAUCUGUGGAACUGCUCAAGCUUCUCGGAGUUCCUGUGUUGAAGGCACGAGGUGAGGCAGAAGCGCUCUGUGCUCAGCUAAACUUUGAAGGGCUAGUAGACGCUUGUAUUACAGCCGACAGUGAUGCGUUCAUGUUCGGAGCUCAAUGUGUUAUAAAACGCCUUAAUCCCAAUAACAAAGAACCGUUUGAAUGCUACAACAUGUCAGAUAUUGAAGCUGGUCUCGGUUUGAAACGAAACCAUUUGAUAGCAAUCUCCAUUUUAGUUGGAAAUGAUCACAAUUUAGGUGGUGUUCAAGGAAUUGGAGUCGAUACGGCUCUUCGUUUUGUCAAAUCUUUUGGUGAAGAUGAAGUUCUUAAUAGGUUAAGAGACAUAGGAAAAGGAGACGACACUUCUCGAAUUCAAGUAGUUUCUAGUUUCGAGACCAAUACACGAACGAUGAAGAAGUCUCCUCAUUGUUCCUUUUGCGGUCACCCGGGCAGUAAGAGGGCACAUCUAAAAUCUCCGUGUGAAUACUGCAGCUCGAACAAUAACGAUGGUUGUGUGGAAAAAAUCGUCGGGUUUGAAUGUCGUUGUUCCUCGUGUGAUUUGAAUAGGAAAGGUAAGGAAAAGAAGAAGGAUGAAGAUUGGCAUUUUAGAGUCUGCCAGAAAAUCGAAACCGAUGGAAAUUUCCGUAGCGAUGAGAUAAUUGAAUUAUACUCGAGUGAUAAUAAUUAUCAGGAUAAAUCGGGUGUGAGAUUUCAGUUAAGAUGGGAAAACCCGAAAGUGGACAUGUUGGUGGAUUACUUGUGUUUUUAUUUGAAUUGGGAGCCAUCUUAUAUUCGACAAAGAAUCCUUCCUAUGCUAUGCACCAUUUUCUUGAGGCACAAGGCUCUAAAAUCUACAAACGAUUUGUUGAACAAACAAUAUGAGUUUGAUUCGAUUCAGCGUGUGAAGGUAAAGUUUGGGCAUCAGUUUUACGUCGUUAAUUGGAAGAAAAACACUCCUGCCCUUGCUGUAAAGACCUGCACUGUCUCUGAUCUUGAUCGAGAUGACUCAGUCGAGUUAACUCAGCAUGAUGACGAUGAUCCUGGCCCUCCUGAGAUUUACAUUCGAGAUGGGUGUCAUUUUUUGUCAACCGACGAAAAUAUGUCACUCGUUCAAGCUGCUUUCCCGGAAAAGGUCCAGCUUUUUUGGGAAGAAAAGGAGAGGAGAGAAAGUGGAAAACGGAAGAAGCAAAGUCCAACAAUGGAAUCUCCUUCGAAAAGAGGAGGCAUGCAACUAAAUAUUACGGAGUUUUAUCGUUCCUCGAAGAAGUUAAACAAACCGAAGACCAAAGGGGAGAGUUCCGAAGAAGAUCAGGAGAGAAGUGGUUACGGUUCUUCUAAAGUCAAGAGGAAUGUUGACUCGAGUUCGAACCUUCCCAAGUCGGUUAGGCGUCGUCUUUUGUUUGGGUAGUGUGGGUUAGAUAAUUUUAUGUUUUGUUUUUAUACGUUAGGUAGUUUUAAAGAUAUUUUGAUGUCUUACGUUUUAGAAGGUUUUGAAAAGAACAUAGUUUCUUUUAUGCGGGAGUAUCAAUGGCAAUUAAAUAAAUAAAUGAUACAAAUUAACAAAUU